GAUGAUGAACUUUUAAAUAUCAGCAUGAAAUAUUUCAUUCAUGAACAACUUGUUUCACAGAAAAGGAACGGAACGGUCCAUCAGAGUCGUUCAGCAGGACGAAGCCGCGUCACCUCCUCCCUGCAGCUUGGGCAGGACUGAUAAUGAUGUCAAUGGAGCGUGUGCAGUGAUGUGACAGAUCGUUUCCAGGAGAAAUGAUCUCUGUGCAACCGGUCGCUCUGAACACUGAUCUCUCCAUGGAGGACAUCGAGCUUCUCCACACUCGCAUCACUACGCUGAGGAAGGAGGUAGCAGAGAGACACCACAAAUUACUAACAUACCACAGAGAAGCUGAGCUACAACGCCAGGCAGUGUCGUGUCCUGAAGUGAAGACGGAGCCGGAUCCUUUCCUAACGGAACAGCAGGAAAAUGGCACACUGAAAUCGGAAUUCUGUUUGAUGUCUGAGUGGAAAACUGAGCCACAUCCCACAGACAUCCACCAUGAAGACCAACACACACACUCACGGGUGGAGGACGUUCAUGGCGGUGAUUUUAAAAGCGAACCUGAGCCAGUGGAAAUUUCACACACUGAAGAACACACGCUGCACAGUGCGCGCACACACACUGAUGAACACACGCUUUACGCUCUGGUUAAACAGAGUUCAGUGCCGCUGGUGGAUUGCAGGAAUUUGGAUGUCACACAUGCGACUGAAGAACUGAGUCUGAAGAAGGAAAAACAUGAAGAUAGCUGCUGCAGAAUGAUGUCAGUGAUGCGUGUGCAGUGGUGUAACGGUGACCGAGCGUUUCCAGGAGAAAUGAUGAUCUCUGUGCGAUCAGUCGGUCUGAACACUGAUCUCUCCAUGAAGGACAUGGAGCUUCUCCACACUAGCAUCACUGCACUGAAGAAGGAGGUGGCAGAGAGACACUGCAAAUUGCUAACGUAUCACAGAGAAGCUGAGCUACAUCACCAGGCAGUGUUGUGUCCUGAAGUGAAGACGGAGCCGGAUCCUUUCCUAACGGAACAGCAGGAAAAUGGCACACUGAAAUCGGAAUUCUGUUUGAUGUCUGAGUGGAAAACUGAGCCACAUCCCACAGACAUCCACCAUGAAGACCAACACACACACUCACGGGUGGAGGACGUUCAUGGCGGUGAUUUUAAAAGCGAACCUGAGCCAGUGGAAAUUUCACACACUGAUGAACACACGCUUUACGCUCUGGUUAAACAGAGUUCAGUGCCGCUGGUGGAUUGCAGGAAUUUGGAUGUCACACAUGCGACUGAAGAACUGAGUCUGAAGAAGGAAAAACAUGAAGAUAGCUGCUGCAGAAUGAUGUCAGUGAUGCGUGUGCAGUGGUGUAACGGUGACCGAGCGUUUCCAGGAGAAAUGAUGAUCUCUGUGCGAUCAGUCGGUCUGAACACUGAUCUCUCCAUGAAGGACAUGGAGCUUCUCCACACUAGCAUCACUGCACUGAAGAAGGAGGUGGCAGAGAGACACUGCAAAUUGCUAACGUAUCACAGAGAAGCUGAGCUACAUCACCAGGCAGUGUCGUGUCCUGAAGUGAAGACGGAGCCGGAUCCUUUCCUAACGGAACAGCAGGAAAAUGGCACACUGAAAUCGGAAUUCUGUUUGAUGUCUGAGUGGAAAACUGAACCACAUCCCACAGACAUCCACCAUGAAGACCAACACACACACUCACGGGUGGAGGACGUUCAUGGCGGUGAUUUUAAAAGCGAACCUGAGCCAGUGGAAAUUUCACACACUGAAGAACACACACUGCACACUGAUGAACACACACUGCACACUGAUGAACACACACUGCACACUGAUGAACACACACUCUACACUCGCCUUAAGACGUGUUCAGUGCGGCUGGUGGAUUGCAGAAACGUCAUACAUGAGUCUGAAGAACGGAGUCUGAAGAAGAAAAAACAUGAAGAUGAUAAAGAUGAUUUUAACCCUUACGUCCCAGCUGAUAGGAGGAGCACAUCGAAGAAAACAAGAGUGAGAGACGUGGAAGCUCAGGACUCGAAGCGCCGCUGUGAGGCUCUCUCAGAGAGGCCGUUCCGCUGCUCUGUCUGUGACAAGAGCUUCACUUUAGAGUUCAACCUUCUCAAACACACGAAGCUCCACACUGGAGAGAAACCGUUUCACUGCGAUCACUGCGGGAAAACGUUCACGCAGUUAUUCAACCUGACGUCUCACCAGAGGACACACAGCAGAGAGAAACCCUUCCUGUGCAGCCAGUGUGGGAAAAGUUUCUCUCAAACCUCCAAGCUGAAAACUCACCUCAGAAUCCACACGGGAGAAAAACCCUACGUGUGUGUGACCUGCGGGAAGCGCUUCUCCGAUUCAUCCACACUUAGUAAGCACCGGAGGACGCACACCGGCGAGAAACCGUACCCGUGUGUGACGUGUGGGAAGUGUUUCAGACAAUCGGCUCACCUCGCGAAACAUUACAGAACGCACAAUCGCAAAUCCAGCUCGUUUAAACGCUCUUCCAAAUCCAAACCCAGGGCACCACCCCCAAAUUAAUCUUGCUUCUCUCUGAGCAAUUUGCAUAUUAAUCUUUAUAAUUAACAUAUGACCUUUAACAGCAUUCGAGAUUUAUUUUGUAAUGAAAUUUUGAGUUGAAACUUUUGUUUCUUAAACAGUUGUCAUGAUGCAGCGGCGCUUUAGUCUAUUCAACACUGUCCGCUCUGUACAGCGAGCCUGGGAUGUGCAUUUACAAAGAGUUUUGCACAUUUUUGCAGAAUUUCUUUUAUUAAUCAGGUCAUUAGUAUUUCAUCCAUAUACAUCGGUGCUUGAAAGUUUAUGAACCCUUUAGAAUUUUCUAUAUUUUUGCAUAAAUCUAAUCUAAAACAUCAGAUUUUCACGAGUCUUAAAAGUAGAUAAGGCCACACCAAUUUAAUUAGUUGGUUCUCGGAUUUUUUCAGGAAAAAUAUGAAGCGAGCGGCGAAAUAAAAAUAAAAAACUGCUCUGAUGGUAAAAUUAGUGGUGGAAAUAGACCAAACAAUACAGGCAAACCAGUAAACAGAGAGGCUAAAUAAACGAUUGAAUUACAGUCAGUUGAACAUCGACAAUGCACAGAAAAAAAAGAUUUGACCAGGAGUCGGCUACUUCACAAGUCUUUAACGAAAGUGAAAGGGGCGAUUUGAUUGGUUUUCGACGUCACGUGAUCUCACGUCACGUGACCUUUUCUGUUGCCGGGAGUUUGAUUUUGAUUUUUUUUUUCAUUUUGCAUUUUCUUCAAGCGGCGAUUCCGAGAACCAACUAAUUGAAUUGGUGUGGCCUAAAUGAGACAAAAAUAUUAUACUUGGUCAUUUAUUUAUUGAGGAAAAUGAUACAAAAUUACAUAUUAAAUGGCAAAAGUAUCUUUUAACCAUCUUCAGUAGAACGCUGCGUGUGUUUCCGGUCCUUGUCUCACUGCAUGACCCACUUUCUCUUGAGAUUCAGUUCCCAGUCAGAUGUCCUGACAUUUUCCUUUAGAAUUCUCUGGAAUGAUUCAAAAUUCAUUGUUCCAUCAAUGACAGCAAGCCGUCCUGGUCCAGACGCAGCAAAACAGCCCAAAGCAUGAUACUACCACCACCAUGUUUCACAGAUGGGAUAAGGUUCUUAUUCUGGAAUGAAAUGUUUUUCUUUCUCCAAACAGAAUGCGUCUCAUUUCAACCAGAAAGUUCUAUUUUGUUCUCUUCCAUCCCCAAAAACUUCCCCAAUAACCUUCUGGCUUGUCCAUGUGAUCUUUAGCAAACUGUAGUUGUGCAGCAAUGUUCUUUUUGGAGAGCAGUAUCUUUCUCCUUACAACCCUUCCAUGUACACCACUGUUGUUCAGUGUUCUCCUGAUGGUGGGCUCAUGAACAUUAGCCAAUGUGAGAGAGGCCUUUUGUUGUUUUGAAGUUCCUCUGGGAUCUCAUGGACUAUCACACACCUUGCUCUUGGAGUGAUCUUUGUUGGUUCACUCCUGAGGAGGGUAACAGUGAUCCUGAAUUUCCUCCAUCUGUCUGACCUAUGGAUUGGUGGAAUCCAAACUCUUUACAGAUAGUUUUGUAAACUUUUCCAGCCUGAUAAGCCUCAACAUCUCUGUUUCUGAAGUCCUCAGAAAUCUCCUUUGUUCGUGCCAUGGUUCACUUUGUGUGUUGUAAAGAUCAGACUAUGACAGAUCUGUUCUUUAAAUAAAACAGGGUGAACAUUCACCUGAUUGUUCUCCAUCGAUUGAGAACACCUUUUUUUUUUAAUUUGACCUUCAAAUUAACUGUUAAUCCCAGGGGUUCGCAUACUUUUGCCACUUACUAUGUAAUAUUGGAUCAUUUUCCUCAAUAAAUAAAUCACUCAGUAUAAUAUUUUAGUCUCAGUUGUUUAAUUGGGUUUUUCUGUUUUCAAGAUGUGUGAAAAUCUGAUGUUUUAGAUCAAAUUUCUGUAGAAAUUUAGAAAACUCAAGAGUUCACGAACUUUCGAGUACCGCUGUAGCUACAUUAACUCUUUUCCAGCUGCAGUGUACAAAGUUCCUGUAGAGCCCAAAGUUAACCGGACCAUUCCCUCCAGGAUUCUGUUCAUGUCUGAUCUUCGUGUUUGUCUUUCUGUAUCAUCGUCUUUUUCUCUCAGUUGCGUCAAGGCUUUAGUUCGGUUGAAUCGUUGCAUUAUGAUCAUGAAGCUAUGAUGUAAUUUCUUUCAUAUAUUUUCACACAGCUUUUGCUUUAACCAGCAUCUAAUUUCACUGAUGAGUCCAAACACAAAGCUAUUCCUGGAGACAUUUUAUUCACUCAGACAAACAUCUACAGGAAUGGUAGAUACACCGAACACAUCAACAAAGUACACCCGCGAACCUGAUUUUUUUUUUUUUUUUAAACUUUAAAGCGCAGUGAACACUGGUGGACCUGAACAAAGUGUUGGUUGUUCUCAUUUUGGUGCUAAUGGUAUUUCAGAAGUCUACUGUAUAUAUGAAUCACAAAAUCCUUCUCCAGCUUACGUUUGCUCACAUUUCCUGAUCUGAAGAAUGUUAACACCUUCACAAUUACGUAUUAAAAUCAGAAUUAGUUUAUUUACCAAAUCCACAGGACAUAAACACACGUGAACCUGACUUGGCGAACCUGACAUCCAUCUCUCACCCCAUACUGUUUAACCCUCUGACUUUACAAAUGUCCCGAGUGUAACGUAACAAAACUGCAAUCUGACUGUGUGUAAUCCAGCAAUAAAGGACUACAACAUGUA